UUGGCCCCAACCUGAGUCAGGUGCCUGAGCUGGCUUCCCCCCUCUCUCUUGAGUAGCCCAUUGGGAGGAAGGUCUCAAACAACCAGAAGCUGAAAGAACCAGAGGAGAACCUUUCGGGAGCUUUUCUAUCAGCCGCGAGUGACAAGGAUUGCAUUGCGUCCAGCACCACACACUCGCGGUCACUCCCGGCAGGAGUCCCGCUGCUUAAUGUGCUGAAUUAUAGGAUUUCUAAAAAUAUUGGAAUAGGCAGUUGAAUGGUGUGCGCCGGAGAACCCUGUUUCAGCUCCAUUGGUCUCGGAAUACAGCUUUCCUUCAGCAAGAUCCGCGAAGGAUAAAAGAGUCUUCCCGCCCACCCCCCGCUUCCUAGCUGGCUCUGAAACGAAUGACUCUUUCAGCACCAUUCAGAGCGGACAGCUCCUCGGGGCAAGCCUGGCUUUUGUAAGGCACUUUAGAAGAAGCGUGUAUGUGUUGUGUGCGCGUGUUGUGUGUGUGUGUGUGUGUCCAGGGCGGGGAGCGGGGGACUCAAAGCCUUAGAUAGCCAGGUUAGAUUCCACACUACCCAUUAAUUAUCAGGAGCUGGAAGAGGCAAGAAGGAAACCUGCUACAGCCACAGCCGGGACUUGCCGAAUAGUACACAGGAGAGGGGCGGCAAGAACGUUCCUUCCAGCUAUGCUUAGGUGAAAGAGAGUCACCGCUCCGAACUGCCUCCUAAACUAUGCAAGACCCCCAUCCUGAGCUGCGGGAGAAGAAAAGAGACUUUUACAACAAGCGUGUGAUCCUCUUGGCAAUUAGGCAGAAAGCAAGGGAGAGGGAGUUUUGUGUGUGUGUUUAAGAAAACAACAACCACCCUAAGGAGUGGAACACCACAAGCGCUGGAAAUAGCUUCGUGCUGAGCUUCUCAGGAAAGUGAGGCUUGCAGGGAGGAGGGAAACGUGGAUUUUUAAGACACUGGGAUGGGAGGAUUUCGCCCAACUUCGCCUGGUCUCUAAGGGAUUCUGGAGAAAGGACCAAAGGGGAUUUUUUUUUUAGCCUCUCUGCUCUUCUCCAUGUAAAGUUAUGCAAAGCUUGGAGGCUGUCUCUAGUUGCAGUGCUGCAGUCCUCCAGAGGGCUAGAAAAGGGUCCUCAUAAAAACCUCAAAUGCAGCAGUCUCUUCCUUCUUAACCACCUGCCUUGGAAUGGAUACUGGAGUAGACUGGAUAUCCUGAUGGGAAAGUGACAUUCAAGGGGGAAGAGAAUCAUGGUUCGUCUCCUUCAGAAGGUCACUGAUCAGUUCUCCUUUUCAGCUUCAGCCCUUUGAAGGCUUCUUUGCCUUGCUCCCCAGCAGGAUUUCAGUGUGGAGCCACAGUCCAAGCUACCGGAGUUUGGUGACAGAGUCCUUGACUUUCAUGGGUCUUUAGGCUGCAGGGGUUUCGUCUCAAGGUGACUUUGGCAAUGACUGGGAAGAACGGGGGAUCUUUGUGCAUGGAGCAACUCUCCUUUUGUCUGCUCCUGAGUGUCUGCUGUGGCUGGUGGUAUCAGCCAGCCAGCUCAGCCAAACCAAAAGGCCAAGGACACCCACACAUGAACUCCAUCCGCCUUGAUGGUGAUAUCACCUUAGGAGGACUCUUUCCAGUCCAUGGGAGGGGCUCAGAAGGCAAGGCCUGUGGUGAGCUAAAGAAAGAGAAGGGGAUUCACCGCCUCGAGGCCAUGCUUUUUGCUCUGGACCGCAUUAACAAUGAUCCUGACUUGCUCCCAAAUAUCACCUUGGGGGCCCGCAUCCUGGACACUUGUUCUCGAGAUACCCAUGCCUUGGAGCAGUCACUCACCUUUGUCCAGGCCCUAAUUGAAAAGGACAGUACUGAUGUGCGCUGUGUGAAUGGUGGGCCACCAAUCAUCACUAAGCCAGAACGUGUGGUUGGGGUGAUCGGAGCGUCUGCCAGCUCUGUCUCCAUCAUGGUAGCCAAUAUCUUGCGCCUCUUCAAGAUCCCCCAGAUCAGCUAUGCUUCCACUGCCCCUGACCUGAGUGACAACAGCAGAUAUGAUUUCUUUUCCCGUGUUGUCCCAUCGGACACCUAUCAGGCCCAGGCUAUGGUGGAUAUUGUCAAAGCAUUCAAGUGGAAUUAUGUUUCGACCUUAGCCUCUGAAGGAAGCUAUGGUGAGAGUGGAGUAGAAGCCUUCAUUCAGAAAUCCAGAGAGAAUGGAAGUGUGUGUGUGGCACAGUCGGUCAAGAUUCCCCGGGAGCCCAAGGCAGGAGAGUUUGAUAAAAUCAUCCGGCGCCUACUGGAGACAUCUCAUGCUCGAGCCGUCAUCAUCUUUGCCAAUGAAGAUGAUAUCAAAAAUGUAUUGAUGGCAGCGAAGAGAGCCAAUCAGACUGGGCACUUCAUCUGGAUGGGCUCUGACAGCUGGGGCUCCAAAAUUGCUCCAGUGAGAGAUCUAGAAGAAGUGGCAGAGGGAUCCGUCACUAUCUUGCCCAAGAGGGCAUCGGUUAGAGGUUUUGAUCGCUAUUUCUCCAGCAGAACGCUGGACAAUAACCGUCGGAACAUUUGGUUUGCUGAAUUCUGGGAGGAUAACUUCCACUGCAAGCUGAGCCGCCAUGCUCUCAAGAAGGGAAGCGCCAUCAAGAAGUGUACAAAUCGUGAGCGGAUUGGCCAGGACUCUGCUUAUGAGCAGGAGGGAAAGGUGCAGUUUGUCAUCGAUGCUGUCUAUGCUAUGGGCCAUGCAUUGCAUAAUAUGCACAAGAACUUGUGCCCUGGGAAGAUUGGCCUCUGUCCCAGGAUGGACCCAGUAGAUGGUGCCGAGCUGCUCAAGUACAUCCGCAGCGUCAAUUUCUCAGGUAUUGCUGGGACCCCAGUGACAUUCAAUGAGAAUGGAGAUGCCCCAGGCCGCUAUGACAUCUACCAAUACCAGAUCAAGAAUGCUACUCCUGAGUACAAAGUUAUUGGGCACUGGGCUGAUCACCUGAACUUAAAAAUGGAACGCCUCCAUUGGCCUGGGGGAGGCAACCGGGUGCCCACCUCCAUCUGUAGCCAGCCAUGCAGGCCGGGCGAAAGGAAAAAGCUGGUGAAGGGUAUCCCAUGCUGCUGGCACUGUGAGCGCUGUGAUGGGUACCAGUAUCAGCAGGAUGAGUUCCACUGCAAGGUGUGCCGCCUGAGUGAGCGCCCCAAUGAGAACCACACUGGCUGCAUCCCCAUCCCCAUCGUCAAGCUGGAAUGGAACUCCCCUUGGGCCGUGGUGCCGGUUUUCAUUGCUAUUGUGGGCAUCAUCGCCACCCUCUUUGUGGUGGUGACCUUUGUGCGCUACAACGACACGCCCAUCGUCAAGGCCUCGGGGCGAGAGCUCAGCUAUGUGCUCCUGACGGGCAUCUUCCUCUGUUAUGCCACCACCUUCCUCAUGAUUGCUGAGCCUGACUUGGGCACCUGCUCCCUGCGGCGUGUCUUUCUGGGGCUGGGCAUGAGCAUCAGCUAUGCUGCCUUGCUGACCAAAACCAACCGCAUCUACCGCAUCUUUGAGCAGGGCAAAAAGUCGGUCAGUGCCCCGCGCUUCAUCAGUCCUGCUUCCCAGCUGGCCAUCACCUUCAGCCUCAUCUCCCUGCAGCUCCUGGGGGUCUGCAUCUGGUUCAUUGUGGAUCCCUCCCACUCCAUCAUCGAUUAUGAGGACCAGCGGACUACGGACCCCCGCUUUGCCCGGGGAGUCCUCAAGUGUGACAUUUCUGACCUGUCCCUCAUCUGUUUGCUUGGGUACAGCAUGCUGCUCAUGGUGACCUGCACUGUGUAUGCUAUAAAGACCCGUGGGGUUCCUGAGACCUUUAAUGAAGCCAAGCCCAUUGGGUUCACCAUGUACACUACCUGCAUCGUCUGGUUAGCCUUCAUUCCCAUCUUCUUUGGGACGUCACAGUCAGCAGAGAAGAUGUACAUUCAGACCACGACGUUGACCAUCUCGGUGAGCCUAAGCGCCUCUGUCUCAUUGGGUAUGCUCUACAUGCCCAAGGUCUACAUCAUCCUCUUCCACCCAGAGCAAAAUGUGCCCAAACGAAAGCGCAGCCUCAAGGCAGUUGUGACAGCAGCCACCAUGUCCAACAAAUUCACUCAGAAAGGAGGCUUCCGCCCAAAUGGAGAGGCCAAAUCGGAACUGUGUGAAAAUCUUGAAACACAAGCUCUGGCUACCAAACAGACUUAUGUCAGCUAUAGCAACCACGCAAUUUAAACCCAGCCAGUGGCAACUGACCACCGGAAAAGGGCUGCUGAAGAGAAGGAACCAGGAAGUGGAGUUGAGCCCCUCAGCACAGAUGAUGCUAAAGUGGGGGAGAGGGUGAAACAAAACGAGAUUCCAGGAAGGCAUCACCGGUGCCUGAUUCUGAUGGCUGGGCUGCUGGAAGCAGCUCAUCCAGAAGAUGGCUGCCAACCAAUAGCAACAGAAGGAACCAGCCAACUCCACAUGAAUAUUUGCCUUCCAUCGGAGGGAGAGGAACAGGCUAAUGGAGUGAACAUCACACUCACACCAGUGGAAAGAAGGUGACAGAUAUUUAGCAACUUUUUGGUUUCUUUCUGUAUCUCGGCAUUAGAAAAAAGAAAAAAAAAGAAUAAGAAUAAAUUUCCCUUUUAUCCAAAAAUUUGUGAGAUGGUUUGUGGUUGUGAAGAGUCUUUUUUUCUCUCAUUUUCCUUUUUUUUCUUUUCCCUUUUUCAUUCCUGUCAUUUGUCCUCUUCACUCUUUUUCCGCCUUGCUUUCCCUUCUGUCUUCUCCCUCUCUUCCUUACCAAAUUCUGUGUUGCAAAAAAUAGUAAAAAUUCCUUUAAAAAAAAACACCACAUCAACAACAACAACAAAAAUGAAAACAAAACCUAGACUGUGUUCAAAGUGCUGAUUUCUAUAGGUGGUAAAUUAAUGUAUGUGAUGAUCAUAUGGAUUGAAAUAUGUCUGCUUUAAUGUACUGACCAAUCAAAAAAGAUUUUAAAAAACCACAAAAAAAUUCAAAAGUUCAGUGCCUGGAUGUUUAUGAAUUAUUCAAUGACAAUGUGUAGAGCAUGAUCAUUUUUAUACCAGAAUAUUUCUAAUAAAAACCAUGGUUUUGCACUCA